AUGGCUGAAGGAAGCAGCCCCCGGCUCCGAUCGCGGCUUCACUCGCUGCGCCAGGCUGGACGGGGAGCUCCCGCGACCGGAGGGCUGGGCAGCGCCCGGGUCUCUGCUGGGCCCGGGGCUUGCUGCGCGAGGAGACAGGGAGCGGGGCGGCGAGGCGUCCCUUCCCUUCCCGCGGCCGGUAUCGGCGCGGCGCGGGAGGACCGCGCAGGCAGAGCACUGGUAUCCCUGGCUCGCGACGCUCCCGCCCCGGGCAGAGGCCCCUGGUGGUCCCGCCACGCCCCGCCGCGGAGCCAGAGCAGCCCGGCGGGCGGCCGCUCAGCCCGGCCUCCGCCCGCUGACUCCCGAUGCAGGAAGCGGAAGACCCCCGCCCGGCCGCCCUCUCCUUCAUCCGGGCACGCGCCGCGCCCUUCCUCGGCGGACGGCAGCUCCUCGCCGCCGCCUAGCCCUCGGAUGGUUGGUGCGGCGGCGGCGGCGGCUCACCGUUUUAGGCCUUGGUGCAGUUUGCAGCAAGACUCUCUAAGCUGUUGCCAGAAGUAUAUUGAAAAGUUGAGCCACGGAGGAGGAGCGCGAGCAGGUGCCACACUGCAGCUCCAUGUCUGGCAGACGCCAUGCUAGCGAAGAUGCUGCAGCCCUGAGUGGGAGUUACCCUUGCCACCCUGGGGCGGGCGCUGCCGGCCAAAGGUGCAGGGGGAGCAGAGCCACAGCCCGCCUGGGCGGCCCUGGACCACAGUGCUGCUGCAGAUGUGCUGCCCCCUCUUCAGCCACGGGAAGCGGAGGGCCUCCUCGGGGGCAAGGCACAACCAUGGGGAGUGGCAGCGGUUCGCCGAGUCCUGGCAGAGGGCUUCGAGAAGGUGGCUUCGUAACUCCACGGGUGGCAUUGCUCUGAUACAGGCCAAGCGGCUGCUCUCCCUUCCUCUGUGUAGGACGCAGCGUCCCAAAGCUAGGAAGAAGAGGCAGAGAGGCCCCUGAGCCUCCCCUGGGUCAACGCAGUCCUGCCCUCCAAAGAGAGAAGGGUCACGUUUUCUUUGGACAGAGACAUUCUCGGGACACGUUUUUAAAACCUCAGACGGAAGGGAGGCCCUGUGAGCGCUGCGGCAGGCGGGUUUUCUUCGGCAGGCAAAGGCCUCAAACAGUCCCAAACGGUGAAGGACCUUGUUCUGUGUGCUGUUAUGUAGGAGGACCCAGAGGAGUCCUCUCUGGUGCUUCCUGGCUCGUUUGCCCCGGCACGGGCCCUCCCGUGCUGUGGAACUUGCAUGACCUUCGUCUCAGAAGCAGUC